CAUACGAAAGCUCCACUCUGCUGACCUCUGGCAAAAAAGGGAGCGAAUGAGGACAGGAGAGGCGGAUGGGGAGAGGUUCAAGUGCGGGUUUUCUCCUUGAACCCGGACUAUUAUGGGUCAGGAGCUGUGUGCAAAGAGGCUACAGCCAGGAUGCAGUUGCUACCACCGUUCCGAGGGAGGGGAGGCGCACAGCUGUCUGAGAAGCCAGCCGGGGAGCGCCGAGGCUGCUGCGUUGGAGCUAACGGACAUAAAAGGCGCAUCGUGUUCCAAGUCUUCAUUUCACGCCAGGGGACGCCAGGCUGGCGGUGGCCAGAAGUUGGAGAGUAAAAGGCCACGGAGUAACAGUGAUUCUUUUCAGGAAGAGCAUCUGAGGCAGGGGUUGCCAUGGAAGAAGAGCCCCCCUUUUGGAGCAGCCUCAUCUUACUUGAACUUGGAGAAGCUGGGCGAAGGUUCUUAUGCCAAAGUUUACAAGGGGAUUAGCAGAUGCCUUCAGUAUUUCAAAACUGCCCAUGUGUCCCAUGAUGAUCGGAGAACAGUGGAAAUUCUGAAAGUGCAAAGCAUGUCUAAACCUAUUUCACCAAAAAGGAUAAAUGGACAACUAGUAGCCCUAAAGGUCAUCAGCAUGAACGCAGAGGAGGGUGUCCCUUUCACAGCCAUCCGGGAAGCCUCUCUACUGAAGGGUCUGAAGCACGCCAAUAUUGUCCUUCUGCACGACAUUGUUCACACCAAAGAGACUCUGACGUUCGUGUUUGAAUACAUGCACACAGACCUGGCGCAGUACAUGUCUCGGCAUCCCGGAGGGCUUCAUCCACACAACGUCAGGCUUUUCAUGUUUCAACUUCUGCGGGGCCUGGCGUACAUCCACCACCAGCAUGUUCUUCACAGGGACCUGAAACCUCAGAACUUGCUCAUCAGUCACUUGGGAGAGCUCAAAUUGGCUGAUUUUGGUCUUGCUCGAGCCAAGUCCAUUCCCAGCCAGACAUACUCUUCAGAAGUGGUGACACUCUGGUACCGGCCACCUGACGCUUUGCUGGGAGCCACGGAGUACUCCUCUGAGUUAGACAUAUGGGGUGCAGGCUGCAUCUUUAUUGAAAUGUUCCAGGGUCAACCUUUGUUUCCCGGGGUUUCUAACAUCCUGGAACAGCUGGAGAAGAUCUGGGAGGUACUGGGAGUCCCUACAGAGGAUACCUGGCCUGGAGUCUCCAAGCUGCCUAACUACAAUCCAGAGUGGUUCCCGCUGCCUAAGCCUCAAAGCCUGCAGAUUGUCUGGAGCAGGCUGGGUAGAGUUCCUGAAGCCGAAGACUUGGCCUCCCAGAUGCUCAAAGGCUUCCCUCGGGACCGCGUCUCAGCACAGGAAGCACUCGGUCAUGAUUAUUUCAGUGUCCUGCCAUCCCAGUUGUACCAGCUUCCUGAUGAGGAGUCUCUGUUUGCGGUUUCGGGAGUGGAGCUAAAGCCAGAAGCCUGUGACCUGUCGGCCUCCUGCGGGACGGGUCACUACCUACCCGGGUUCAACAAAUGUUGGUGAGAAGAAAAGGGCUACAGCCAUGCUGUUUCAUUGCGUCCGCUGACUAUGACGCUUCGUGCCCUGUUCCCUUCUGGACCAGAGAUCCUUGUUGUCUCUCCUGUCACCUGGAAUACUUAAAAUGUGAUGUUCAAGGCAACGAUAAAAUCCAUGACGAGGAUGCCAUGGAAGGUUACUGCUGCUAUUGUUGUUGCCUAAACAAACGGACGUAAACAGAGGUGGCGGGGGGGGGGGGGGGGGGGGGGGAGAGGGCUUCAGAAGAGUGUCCAGCGUUUGGACAACCCCCUGGGCCAAAAGCUCCGUUUCUUUAUAGGACAGAUUGAGAGACAGACAGCGGGAGCGUUCUGGAGCCAGAGCGGGGACUUGCUGAGGCCUGCCCCUCCUGUCCUUACAAUUCUUCCCAACUCAGAGACUCCUGUGACAGGAGGGGCUCCGUCUGGCUUAGAGAGAAGGUGGUCUCUUGGAUAAAGCUGUCAACGAAUGGACUUGCUGGCGGCUAUUGGUGAUGACCCCAGGGAUGUGUUCUUCCUUCACUGGCUAUCGGGAUGCGUUACUACUUCAAUUACCCAGAUUUUAGGAGCUCACUGUUGAGCUCCUGGCUAGAGCUGCGUUUCAGUCUAUCACCUGCUACUGAAGCCUAAUUGUCUGCCGGGGCGGCAGAAGCUAUGAGGAACCGAAGCUCCCAUUGAUGGUGGAGAUACUAGAGUUCCAGAGACGUAACUCAAGCUCUGGGGCACCAUCAGACACACGGGCACACACAGCACCCUCGGCAGGAAAUCCACCCCGGCUGACACUUGUGCCUCCUAAAGGAAGCCUGGGAAACUCAAAUUACUCCAUCAAGGAGUCGUCUCAUGAAAUCUAGUAGCCUAGAAACCAGAGACCACUAGAAGAAGGAACCAAUUAAGAGAGAAUUUUGAAAUGGUAACUGUCCACCCAGUGUCUUGGAUGAAAAGGAAUGCAGAUGGUCUCCCCGAAAAGCUGCCUUUGUGUAUAUUAGCAAGCUGUUGGACAAAGUCUGCCCGCUGCACCUGCUAGAUGAAACGGUGUGGGCUGGACGGGGUGGGCAGGGUGUACUCACAAAUGGCAGGUCUUAUUCAACCUAGAAACAUGCCCAUAAGGGUAUGGUAAAGGAUUCAGACUUCGGUCCUGCUCUGGUCAAGGAUUUCUAUUGAUGGCUUGAAUAAAUCAGAGAAAAAAACGUAACUUACUCAUACAACUCACUGAAAUAAGUACUACUGCUAUUAUUAUCCCACCCUAUAAAUGGAAACUGAGGCUCGGCAAAGUUAAGCGAUUUCUCUAAGGCAGUAUGCCAGAGUUCAAGUGCAAACCUCACGUCUAAGUGUGUCCAGUGUCUGAGAUCUUCCCGAUAACCACAUCUCAACUGGUUCUGUAGACUGCUCUACUGUUGAAGAGGCAGCUGAUGUUUCACGUCGGCUCAUGAUUCAGAGGACUCAGACCUGGCUAAUCACAGCGAGUCAAAACAAUACUUAUUUCCAUCAGUUUUUAUCUGAUUUAAAUUAUUACACAUUGGCCUUAAAAUGCCUACAACUUAAGUAAGGCCAUGACUUAGUGGAAAGUGACUCUUUUAAGUACAAGGUGAAUUAAUUAUAUAAUCUGUCGGCCCCCAACAGAUAAUGCUAAUCCCUUCAGGCUACAGAAAUGAAAUACUAAGACAAGAAGUUGCCCCACAAGAAGAAAAGCAGCUUGGUCUCUGAUCUGGGCACAUUUGAAUCAUGAAGCUCAGCUCCACGUAUCACAUACCACACUCUAAAAAAAGCAUCAUAUGAAAUAGAUGUGUAUUGUGCACCUAUUAGUCUGCCCAUCUAAUCUUGCAUAAUCUUAGCAGUACUAAGACAUAGUAGAGUUUACAGAGAGCACUCAGAAGCAGGUAGAAGUAGCUAGGGUUUGCUGCACAAACUGUCCCCAAAGCCUCUGCUUCCCCCAGCACACCCCCAACUCUGCUGCGUGCUCCAAGGUGGACUACUGGGACAAGGCCCAUGGAGGGACAGCUGCUGUAAGAAAAAACCCAGGAGCCAGAGACACUCUCCAGUGGCAGAUGGCUGUCACGGAGCAAAGGGGCUGCCAGCUGUGGGCCACUGCAGGUCAGUACAGGCUGCUGCUGCUUUGGGAGAGUCAGGAAGACUCACCUGCCCAUGAACAGGGACUGAGUCCCCUGAGCUGGCUCCCCAGCCCAUGAGCAGGGACUGAGUCCCCUGAACUGGCUCCCCUGCCCAUGAACACGGACUGAGUCCCUGAACUGGCUCCCCUGCCCAUGAGCAGGGACUGAGUCCCCUGAACUGGCUCCCCUGCCCAUGAACACGGACUGAGUCCCCUGAACUGGCUCCCCUGCCCAUGAACACGGACUGAGUCCCCUGAACUGGCUCCCCUGCCCAUGAACACGGACUGAGUCCCCUGAACUGGCUCCCCUGCCCAUGAACACGGACCGAGUUCCCACCACAGUGGUGGCUUCCUCUGCCCCCUGGAUGAUACAGAGAGCAAUCACCAAGAUUCCUAGUUGGAAGUGAGAACAGCUGGUCCUUCGGAUUCUUGAGCAUGGCCUCUGAGCAUCAGAGACAGACCACACUGGGGUUUCUCUAAGAACCUGCUGCUGCAAGAGUAGGUAAAUUUGUUUUAUUUUCUGUGAAAGCAUUUUUUUAAAUUAAAUUAACAAAAUCACCCUCUUUAGUUAGGUGGUGGUUGUGAAUGCCUUUAAUCCCAGCACUCAAGAGGCAAGAGGCAGGCUCAUCUGAGUUCAAGGCCAUCCUGGUCUACAGAGCAAGUUCCAGGACAGCCAGGGCUAUACAGAGAAACUUUGUUUUGAAAAACAAAAACAAAAAUUAUCCUCUUUAAUUCUAAGUGGAAGACAAAUUAAUUAUGAUUGUGUUUUUUCUCUCCUUUAAUGAGAUUAAUAAAAAUUAUGUAUAUAGCUCUAAAACA